AACAGCGCCGGUGUUCGAAGUGAACAUCUCUGAUAUCUGCCACGAAUUCAGGCUCUGUUCAUGAUCUAAUUCUCUAAAACUUAAAAGAGUUCGCGCGCCGAAAUCGGCACCCCGACGCAGCCACACUCAAGAUGAGGGCGACCGGUCAGCCGCGCGUGCUGCCGCUGCUGCUGCUCUGCGUGGCGUCACUCGCCACGCUCGCCGGCACGCAGCCCGGCCGCCGCAAGGAGCUCAGCCUCAAUGAGAAGGUCGAUCAGCUGCUAGAUUGGAACGCCAAGCGCUCCGUCAUCAAGAUGAACGGCGACAAGUACCGCACGUUCGUCAAGUCGGCGCCGCGCAACUACUCGGUCAUCAUGAUGCUGACGGCGCUGCAGCCGCAGCGGCACUGCUCCAUCUGCAAGCAGGCGAACGAGGAGUUCCAGAUCGUCGCCAACUCAUGGCGAUACUCGCAGAGCUACUCCGGUCGCUUGUUCUUCGCGAUGGUCGACUACGACCAGGCCGCCGACGUCUUCCAGUCGCUGAAGAUGACGAGCGCGCCCGUAUUCAUCCACUUCCCGCCAAAGGGCAAGCCGAAGAAAGCCGACACGAUGGACCUGCAGCGCGUCGGGUUCUACGCGGAGGCGAUCGCGAAGUGGGUCGGCGAGCGCACGGACAUCCAGAUCCGCAUCUUUCGUCCGCCGAACUACUCGGGCACGAUCGCCGUGACGAUGCUGUUCUCGUUGAUCGGCGGCCUGCUCUACCUGCGUCGCAACAACCUCGACUUCCUCUACAACAAGACGAGCUGGGCGAUCGGCGCGCUCGCCGUCGUCCUUGCGAUGACGUCCGGCCAGAUGUGGAACCACAUCCGCGGCCCGCCGUUCAUGCACCGCAACCCGCAGACGGGCCAGGUCGCGUGGGUGCACGGCGGCAGCCGAAGCCAGUUCAUCAUCGAGACGUACAUCGUAAUGGUGCUCAACGCGUCCGUCGUGUUCGGCAUCGUGCUGCUCAACGAAGCGGCGUCGGGCAAGGGCGAGGUCGGCAAGCGUCGGAUCAUCGCCAUCGUCGGUCUCGGCAUCGUCGCGUUCUUCUUCAGCCUCAUCCUGUCGGUGUUCCGCUCCAAGUACCAGGGAUACCCGUACAGCUUCCUUAUCAAGUAGCGCGCAAGCAGCCGCUCGGAGGAAGCUACCGCACAGUCGCGACCCACCGCAGUGACGCGUCCGAAUUCACACCUUAAAAAGUUGCGAAGUCGAAGCGUUGCGGUGUGAUGUGUGUACUUGCGCAGAAGCUUACAUUGCGUGUGUGUGCGCCAAUUGUGUUACAGCAUAACAGACAAAUUUGUCUUUGUUUAAGAAACUUUUCUGUUAUGUACAUCUGGUCACAGUGUACGCCUGCAUACAAUGUAAGGGUAGUUGUGGGAAAUGGCAGCCUGUUUGUUAAUUAAAAAAUCUUAUUAGUGCGUAGUGUUUUUGUCAGUAAGGAACGAUCUGCGUGGUCAUGCAGCACAAUUAUGUUUGGUAUGUCCAGUAGAGGCUUACGUACAGGAUUGCUGGAUUUGUUGCACAUGUACUGGGCGUGCGACAAUUCAUGCAUGUACAUGUCAAUGAAUUUGUGUUUCAUCCCGAUACAAACCUUGAUGAUACACGUUUUGAUACAUAAUUAUGAUUAUUCUCAAUACUCUACUGAAUAAAAUCCAUACCAUUUAUAGUGCUACCUUAUGUUACUCCAAUUAUAAUCCACCCCUCGCAUGUAGUCAUGACAUCAUGUGAUGCUGUUCCGUGAUUAUACAUUUGUGUUAUGAAUGAUGUACAUUUUGUUACAUUUUCAGUGUCUCGUGUGUGCUGCAAGCGAAUUUCUACUCUACUGUUACUGCAGCUCACGGAGUGCCGUGCCUUGUGGAAAUUGCUAAUUGCUCUUAUUUAACUAUUUAACAAGUAAUGAAUUAAUGAUGAUGAAACACAUAGGACAGAUUGAUUUUGUAGAUAGAAGUUGCCUCCCGAGUACACUCAUGAUGAGUCGAUCAUAAAACAGACAUGAUCAGUUGAAAAAAAUUUGUAGUUUUCAAAUUUGAAAAAAGAAACUGAGGUGAAAUAAAGCUAGAUGUGAAAAAGGAAUGUGUUGUUCAUGAAAUCACAUGUUUAUUUACAAUAAAUACAUUUGACAUUGAUAGUGUGCAAAUUCA